AUGCCAGUGUUGAAUCCAUUCAUACGCGCUCUUUUCCAGAGUAGCGUAUUGAGCCAGGCCUUGUCUGCUCAGAACUAUGUGCUGCUGGUUCCGACCACUGACUCCUUGAUUAAUGCUCAAGAUCGCGACAAUGGAAAGAGAUACGCAGACCUCGUCGAGGAUGAGGACUUCCUCGGAAGUCACAUCUUGCGAGUUGCGCAGGAUCACACCAUUAAGGAGAACAGCGUACGUGAAGGUCGCAGCAAGGCAAAGACAUACUCGACCGUCAACAAUAAGACGGUGAUUCUUAAGGAGAACAUGGUCUACAGCAACAAAGGCUUCAAGGCUUUAACACAAGCGCAGAUUCUCGGCGAUCGUCUGUAUCAUUCUCCUAAUAGCGAUCAGCAGCAAUGGCUAAUUAUGUUCAUUUCGAAACCACUUACCGGCACUUUUGGUAUGAUUGACGUAGCUAUUCCGCUCAUGUCGCCAACUCGAAUACCACACGAAAACGGCACGAGCGAAAGCGAUCAGUCGCAACACCCCAAGAAGAAGGACAUCCAAAGUUUCAAUGAUCUCUUGAAUCAUUUCCCAAUGAUAGCCAGACAGAUGCAACCAGGCCUCGAGCGCAUCUUCAAUGAGUUCGGCAAGGAACUUGGAAAACCACUGCCUCUGCCACCCUCUCGCUCACCUACAAACCUAUCUCUAGACGGCACUACACAGGCCUCAGAAGUUUCGGAUGGCGGGUCCAUCAAAUCAAAUGGGUCGCUAAAACUUCCCUUCAACAAUACUGCGUUUUUCGAGGAUGAGGAGGACCUUAUGAGGAGAGCUCUUGAAACUGCAGUAGUGUCUGCCAUCGACCUAUUUCAAGGUGUCGACAAGCAACAGCUCUCUCUUCUUGGAGCGACAACUGAUUUGACCGGUCCUGCUGUUGAACGUCUCAUCGAGCGUUACGUGACAGAAUCCGUACACGACAAUUUACUUUUCCCACGACUUUGCGCUUUCCAUAGGCCGGCGGACCAUGAUCUUGAUCGGAGGAUUCGACAAAUGGACUGUCUGGAUGCGUCGCAAGUCGGUAUAGCGAUCGAGGACAGCAAACGGGCUAAGCGCGAGCUCCUGGACCGAAUCGACGCAGGUGUAUCUUCGUUCCGAAAAAUGGGUGUUGCGGGCAGUUCUCAACAAAUGCUUGAAGUUUUGUUAGAAACCCAAAAAGCAGUGUCUCAACCACGAGGUAUUUCUGAUGAGGAGAAACAAGCAGCUGCAAUGACAAUCAAUGCCGAUGUCUUGGUCUCACUACUCCUUAUUGUGGUUAUACGAUCGGGAGUACGUCAUUUGCAGGCAAGACUUUCCUAUAUGCAGCGUUUUAUCUACAUUGACGAUGUUGAGAGUGGAGAAAUGGGCUAUGCUCUGAGUACACUCGAAGCUGUCUUGGCUUAUUUGGCUACAGACGCUGGAGGUCUUCGAAAAGCGUCGAAGCAGAAUCAACUUCUUUGGGACGCAGUCAAGGCUGGGAACAUUGACGAAAUGCGUAAUAUCUUCGAGGGAUCGAGCAGUGCUGUCCUGGCCGAGGAGCCCGAGGAGCUAGAAAUCACAAGGCCACGGCCAGCACUGUCCCGGACGUCGACAAGGUCAAAUCUGUCGGUCGGCUUUCUACCAGAUGAUAUUGGGGAUAGUGCCUCGUCCGUGAACGGCAAUCUAUCACAUGUUUUCCCCUUUCAGAGUGCGCAGAAUGAAAAUGAGCCUGAGCGAAAGCGAAAGAAGAGGGUCAAGCUGGACGCUCGCAGUAUGUCGAUUUCCUCUGCAGUAUCAGCAUUAUCGCGAACUGCUACUCUGGAAAGCACCUUGAGUGCUAUCGAAGGAGAUAUUUCGAUUCAAAGUUUGGCUCAAACACAAGAUGUUUCCGGAAAUUCCGUUCUCAUGAUGGCUAUUGACGCUCAGAAACCAAAGUCGCUUAAGUACCUGCUUACCAUGGAAGACCACUAUCCUGUGGACGUCGUGUUGGAUGAUGUGACGUCUGAAGGCUCGACCCUCCUCAGUGCGGCAAUACAACUACCAAACUCGGAGCUGGUUGACAUUAUCUUGAAUUACGUUGAACAGCAUGUGGACGUAGCACGUCUCAGGGACUACCUUGCUAAGCAGGACAACCAUGGCCGGUCGAGUGCUCAUUAUCUCUUCAACAUGCCGACCUUGAUCAACAGACUGGCUGACCGCUUGCCCUGGAGGUUGAAGGAUAAACUUGGUCACACUCCUCUCUUCGCCGUCUGCCGAAGCUAUGAUCACAUCAAUUACACAACCAUGGUAUCAGAAGCGCUUGUAGCUGCUACCCAUGCACAGGGAUAUGAAAGUCCACUCAGCCUCGAAGAUCAUACUGACAUCAAGGGCAAUACUUUGUUGCAUAUCUUGAACGAUCCACUAAUCGUGCAUCGUGUCUUAUACCAUUGCGACGCCGAUCCUAAUGGAAUGAAUGACAAGAGGUUCACUCCGUUAAUGCUGGCUAGCAAGUACGGGAGGGUUGACAUAGUGAGGAUCUUCUUUGGAGAUCCUAGGGUUGACCUCUAUUUGAGAGAAGCGCGAGGGCUGACUGCUGUUGAGCUUGCCAAGGACGAUGAGGUGCGCAACCGCAUUGACGACCUGACUUUGUUUUCGGACACUGCGACUGCUCAAACCCCUGAUGUAACGGGACGCCUUACAUCCAUCGUCAGGUCUUUCUUCGUUGAAGACGGCACGAUACGGUUCGUCAUCAAGUCUGGCGCACCACAUAACGACGUAUCAAGCAAUACUUACACCAUCACCACGAGUCGACGUUCCAUUCAAGACUUUGUCAAUCUCAUCAAAUGGCUUUCUGCUGAUCAUCCAGCGUCUUAUAUGCCAGCGUUGUCGCCAAACAGCUUUCGCACACCGUUCCAAAUUCACUCGAAACCUUCCAAAGCUGUCCUCCUUGACGCACAAAUCCAGCUUGAUCGUUUCCUGAAGAUCCUCAUGACGCAUCCUACAUUUUCAACCCAUGAAGUGCUCUGGGAGUUCUUCCUAGUCCCUGACCUACGACCCGAACAGAUGGACGCUCGAUCGAAACUCAAAGCCGACUUCCUCCGCGAAACCAUCGCCGACGACUACGAACCUCUGACUCUACAGCUCGACUUACAGGACGUGGACUCCGUCAUCUCACACUCUCGCGACGUAGUGCGCCGGCUAAGUAUCAAUACUAGGAGCAUCAUACGUCGUGGGCAUAUUUACCAGCAAGCAGCAUGCGAUAUACCCGAAGCAUUCAUACUGUUAUCAAAUCUCGUAUUAAUGCUCGGCCCACCAUCAACUACCUUGCCGCCAUCCCACAGCGAAGCAUUCACUAAAUUCGCAGCUCUCCUGCGCAUCGAGCCCCCUUCCUCACCCUUAGCAAUCUACGUCUCCGCAUUAUCGUCCUUCCAAACAACAAUCGCAGCAAUGCAAACCUGUCUCGCCCGCCCUUCCUCACUCACCGCACAAAUUCGUGCUGCACAGAAAUCCUUGGAAAGGUCUCGUGCGUCGCUUGUCAGUAGCUCGACGCCACGAAAGGGACCUUUUCAUAUCAAUCUGCCUGGGAUGGAGGAGUCGCGUCUGCGGAGCAUGAGGGAUACGGAACGGCAUAUUCUUGAGACGGAGGAAGAGAUUGAGAGUAAGGGGAAGGAGUUGCGGUAUACGCAGGAGGUUGUCCUUGGUGAGCUGGCUGGCUGGACUAGCUGGAGAGAACAGUGGGGUAGGAAUGAGAUUAGACGGCUUGUUAAUGGCACACUUGUGAGGGAGCGCGAAAGGCUGAGGACUAUGAAGCGUGUGAUGUUUCAUCUUGUGAAGACGGAUGCGUGA